AUGGAAGAGUACUAUGAAGAUUUUGAUUUUGAUCCUCUACAUAUGAUCGUCGAUGAACAGCAACGACUUUUCACCGAGAAAUACAAAUUCACCACCAUUGAUCCAAAGGAAAAGAUUGUUCAAUCAGAAGUUCUUUCGCAAAAACUAAGUCAAUUAUCAAGCGAUGAUGCGAAUCAACAACUUUUUCAUGAAUGCCUUUCCGUAGACCAUCAUAAACGACCCCUGAGUACAACAUCAACACCUGAUGUGGCAACAAAAAAAAUGCGUGAAUGGAAUAGUAAAGCAGAGGCAAAUCAAGAAGCCGAACAGGUCUCAAAGUAUUUCGAAAGAAUAAAUGAAAUGUUCGAUAUUCAAAUGAAAGAUGAUUUGGGAAACAGCAUAGACGAGUUGUUUCUCGAUGACUUACGAGAAUUGGCUAUAUUAAAACAUAGAAUUAUUCAAAUUGAACUCGAUAAACAACUCUGGACAAUCUAUUUGAAAGUUGGUAAAGGUGAAUGGAUAACAUCCGAAAGUAAGCAAACUAAUGUUGACCGACGUCUAUGGCCUGCUGCCGUGAAAAAAUUAUGUACGACAAUGCCCAACGUCAGUGAUAUCAAUCAAAGUCAUGGUAUGGAUCGAGAGUAUGAAAGAAUAGUUCAGCAACAUAUCGAAGAAUUCUAUGAGAAAAUAGAAUGUUAUUCCAUGGAGUAUCACGAGAAGAAAACGAGUCUAUUAGGUUUUACAGAUGAAAUACAACAGACACUUGAAAGAUUUGUUCAUCAGUAUAGCAUCACACCUUUUCGCAUGAAACUAAACUAUAAAAUACGUAUUUUGGAAUACAAUUAUGGUGCUCAAUUACUGGAACAUGAAUACUUACAACAGAAACCCACUGCAAAUCAAAUAAGAAUUGCAAAACAUAUCUACGAUUCUGCGACGGCGUAUACAAAAGCAAAGCAAGAAUUGAAUUAUUUAAAACAACGAAUUGUUUAUAAUAAACCGACAACACUUAUUUAUAAGAAAGCAUUACUCCUCGCACCUUCAUCGACAGCAGACUCAACCAGCGAUGCUACUCGCCAUCAACUAUUCAUGGAUGGAAAAGAAAAAGAUUUACAACAACACAUGACUAAUCUCAUUGCUGAAGCAAUUGGUAAAGCAGAAACGAAGAUGAUUGACCGUCGAAAUGCAUUUAACAAAGAAAUGACGCGUAUGUCCACGCCGAAUGAAGAUAAAAAUGAAAAAUUUUCAACUGAAUUAGUCGAUCUGAUUCAUCGACGUAGUCCAGCAAGUUUUCCAUUAACCGAAACUUUAGCUACUCUUUAUGUACUAUCAUGGUUCAAAUCAUUAUUUCGACAAACUUUAUUAGAAAAAGAAUUUUAUGGCAGAUAUAAAAAUCAAGUCUUUUUUACAUGGAACAAUACAAAUGAAAACCUUAUUCGUAUGAUUAAAGCAUCCAAUGUUGACGACAUCAAUAUAAAUUUGGAUAUGAAAAUAGGUUCCAGUGCUCAAUUUCUACAAGUCUACAUGGAAAAUCAAAAUGGUACUCUUUACAGUCGUGUCCAUCAUGAUUCAAUGAGACAAAAAUAUACUGUACCUUACGUGAUUGGUAGUACGAAAGAAGCACACAGUCGUUGGCUUCGAGCAGCUUUAAUUCGAGCUGUUCGGUUUUGUUCGUCGGUAUAUGAUUUUAAUCAAGAACGAAUCUAUCUGGAAGUAAGCUGUUUAGCAAAUGGUUAUACAAUGGAAUUUGUUGAGAAACGAGUCGAACAAUUUUUUUCACAUUUUGAUGCCCUGUCACUACGUUCGGAUUUAGAUCAACAGGUUUACAACAAACUUCGUCAUCGACUACUUAAUUUUGUUAGUGAACAAAAACGUAUGCAUAAAAAAUACCAAGAUUUAGCGAAGGCAAACAAACGAUUCCGAAUAUCUUACCUACAUGAUUUCGGUCCUAAACGUCAAUUUAAUGAAGAAUUACGGGAAAUUUUUUCAAGAAAUCUAAAUGUAAAAGAUCCAUUGUCAAACUAUAGGGAUUUACAAUUAAUUUUCUCAACAAAAAAUCCACAUACAUUAAAUGCCCUGCUCAGUCAAUACAAACCAUCGCAUCCUCUACUUACGGAAGAUUAG